AUGGCUCGAACAAGGAAGACCGCUCAGAUUCUUAGAGCGCUAAAGAUCCAGGUUGCUACGAGCAGCAGUAGCAGCGACAGCGACAGUCUCUGUGAGGGAACUGGGCCCUCCUUGGAGAGUUUAAUAGAUAACGAGGCUGCCCAGGACGGUGUUCCCUACGCCCAAACUCUGGCAGCGGAUGAAGACGCAACUGCAGACGGACGUAACACAGAAGUCGCAAUUCGUGGCGCUCUCAGUGAAAAUGAUGAGGGCAAGGAUAAACAGGCAGAUCCUAGAGAGGCGGCAUCAUGCAACGAUGCAAGUCAGUCAGGCCCGGAUCAAGCGAGCAGCAGUGAGGAAGAGAAGAGCAGCAAAGUUUCUUCAUCGAACACGUCGCGUGGCAGCCGGAAGCGUGAUAUCGAUGACUGUGAUGAAGAGCUUUAUUACGUCCCAGAAAUAAGGCACUAUCAUAAGAACUGGAAAGAUUUGGAUCGAUAUUUAAAAAAGUAUCAGAAGCAAACGCGGACUGUGGUGUCGAUUUCGGAGACUCAAAAUGUGCGUUUACGGAAUCAGAAUUCCAUGAUUUCUCAAGUUUCCCAUGAUUUCCAGGUUUGA